AUGGCGUUCACUGGGGCGUUCGAGGCGCACCUGCUCGCCACGGAUAUCACGCAGGCCGGGGUCAGUGUCGUCAUCGCCCCAAGGAAGCCGUUCCCCGCGACGUUCGAGAUGCGCAGGAGCAUCCCCGGCUCGCCACUCACGCAGGACUCGUCGUUCACCAUCCUGCUCAAACACGGUGUAAACGUCGGCAUCGGCAUCGAACAGGUGAACUCCGCCGGGGUGAUCUAUCGCGCAACAAUGCAUGCGAUGGCGUCGACCAACAUUGACCACGCGCUCGGGUUGGACUCGCGCACGGAGGAGCUCGUUGCGUACCGCGGCGGCAGGGUGUUCGACAUGGCGAGCUAG